GCCAUUGGGGGGAUGAGCGAGUCGGAAUACCCGCUUCCAUGUCUGCGUAAGAUCCGGCUGGGAGGACAGGGAUGAAUGUUAAUUUCAAAGAUGGCGGCGGAGGGAGGAGGGAAGGAGAUGAACGAAAUUAAAACUCAGUUCACCACUCGGGAAGGUGUCUAUAAACUCCUCACUCACUCUGAAUACAGCCGUCCGAACAGGGUGCCUUUCAAUUCGCAAGGCUCCAACCCCGUUAAGGUCUCCUUCGUGAACGUCAACGACCAGUCGGGUAACGGCGACAGGAUCUGUUUCAAUGUGGGCCGUGAGCUUUACUUCUACAUCUACAAAGGCGUUAGAAAGGCUGCUGACUUGAGCAAGCCCAUAGACAAGCGAAUUUACAAGGGAACGCAGCCCACAUGUCACGACUUCAACCACCUAACGGCAACAGCUGAGAGCGUGUCCCUGCUGGUGGGUUUCUCAGCGGGACAGGUACAGCUCAUCGACCCGAUCAAAAAGGAGACCAGCAAACUCUUCAAUGAGGAGAGGUUAAUAGACAAGUCCAGAGUGACCUGUGUGAAAUGGGUGACGGGCUCCGAGAGCCUGUUUCUAGUGUCCCAUGCCAGUGGGAAUAUGUACCUGUACAACGUGGAGCACACCUGCGGCACCACCGCUCCCCAUUACCAGCUGCUCAAACAGGGCGAGAACUACUCCGUGCACACCUGCAAGAGCAAAUCCACUCGGAACCCCCUCCUAAAGUGGACAGUGGGCGAGGGGGCUCUGAACGAGUUUGCUUUUUCUCCAGACGGGAAGUUUCUGGCCUGCGUAAGCCAGGACGGCUUCCUACGAGUCUUCAACUUCGAUGCGGUUGAGCUUCACGGCACGAUGAAGAGCUAUUUCGGGGGCUUGUUGUGCGUGUGCUGGAGCCCAGACGGAAAGUACAUCGUAGCCGGCGGUGAGGACGAUUUAGUGACCGUGUGGUCGUUCUUGGACUGCAGAGUCAUCGCCAGAGGUCACGGCCACAAGUCAUGGGUGAGUGUGGUAGCGUUUGAUCACUACACCACCAGCGUGGAGGAGAGCGACCCCAUGGAGUUUAGCGGCAGUGACGAGGACUUCCAGGAUCAAAUAAUCCACUUUGGGCGAGACCGGGCCAACAGCACACAGUCUCGGCUCUCCAAGCGCAACUCCACAGACAGCCGGCCCGUCAGCGUGACGUACCGGUUUGGCUCGGUGGGCCAGGACACCCAGCUGUGUCUAUGGGACCUCACGGAGGACAUCCUGUUUCCCCACCUCCCGCUCUCACGGACACGAACUCAUACUAACGUGAUGAAUGCUACUAGCCCUCCUGCGGGCGCCACAAUAAUCACUAACACGUCUAGUAACACUACCAACGGAAACAACAGCGGCGCCAACACCCCUGGCAUCAACUCCCUCUCCACUGCUUUACCACGCUCCAACAGCCUUCCCCAUUCAGCCGGCACUACAACCGCCAACAGCUCCAACAAGGCGAGCGGCGGCGGCGGCGGCAUCAGCAGCGGCAUCAUGGACAGUGCCAUCGCGACGGGCGUGAGCAAAUUCGCCACGCUCUCACUCCACGACCGGAAGGAGCGCCACCACGAGAAGGACCACAAACGCAACCACAGCAUGGGCCACAUCAGCAGCAAGAGCAGCGACAAGCUCAACCUGCUGACAAAAACCAAAACGGACCCCGCUAAGACUUUGGGAACGCUGCUGUGCCCGCGCAUGGAGGACAUCCCCCUUCUGGAGCCCCUCAUCUGUAAAAAAAUAGCACACGAGAGACUAACUGUACUCAUAUUUUUAGAGGACUGUUUAGUGACUGCUUGUCAGGAAGGAUUUAUUUGCACAUGGGCAAGGCCAGGCAAAGUGGGUUUAUUGUCAUCCCAAAACCAAGCCAGCUCUCCCAGUGGAACAGUAGUAUAGCCACAAUAUUUCUGCUGCUAAAGAACCCUGCAACCCAGAGUCUGAUGCUGCUCUUCACCCCGCAAGCAUUGCAAGUUUUCCUUUUCUUUGAUUCCCCCCUCCCUGUCCCAGUUUUGUUGAUUGCUUCUCUGUUUUUCGUUUGUCACUCACUUGUCUUAGAGGAGGAACGACCGGAGAAGUUACGGUGCAAUUACCGAGUGUUGCGCUAAUCUGUACUGUGGAGUUUUAACACAUUUUAGACCCUUUUUUUUUAUAUAUAUAUCUAUCUUUGUUCUGUCAGAUAUCAUCAAACCUAUUUUUUUUUUUUGAUCUGGAAACUAAGGCUGUUUAGAUGCAAUACAGAUGGUAGCUUGGGAUUGAAAGGACAGUUUUUCUUCCCAACAUUCCCUUUAUCCCUCGAUGAGAAACCCUGCAGAGAUCCAGGGACUGCAGUUACAUUUACUAUCCUUUUAUGACCAAGUACUUCUGAAAGCAUCCAUCUCCAUUCGCUCACUACUUCUGACCUUCCUCGAGUAGAAUCUCCCUGUUGAUAACUUUGCACUGAUUUUGUUAGCUGUUUGUUGUUUUAUAACUACUCUAAUGGAACAAAAAAAAAGUGGGCUGAGGACUGCCUUGUUGCACCUGGCUUUAACCUCCUCAGUCUUUAAACCUGAAUCUAUAGAGCUGGAUGCUGCAAUCAUAGUCUUUUUAAAAGAAAAAAAAAGGUUUGCACUUAAAUUAGUUUAUAAGAAGAAAAUGGCUUUACAUUUUUGGGUGUGCUCUGAAUUCAGACGGCUAACACAGUAUGUUGAGAGAAUAAAAUGAAAAAAAAAAAAAGAAAUUAAAACCUUUAUCUAUUGAGCAUUUAUUUUAAUAUUAUUUCAGAUUCAAAUGUGCUCUGUAUCAUAAUGUGUAUAUUGUAAUUAAUUGAUUUGAUGGGGGCCUAAGCAAACUACCAUUACUCCAGUGGAAGUUUUGUCAUUGAUAGUUAUAUUUCUAAAGCCUAAAAUAUACAUAUUAAUAAUAUUAAAAUAAUCUUGAAUACA